UGGAUUAUAAGAGUUCCUUUUAGGCCUUGAAGAAGCACUCUUGAGGGAUAAUAAUUAUCACAACUUGUUUUGAAAGAAGAAAAAAAAAAUGGGAAGGCAACCUUGUUGUGAUAAGGUUGGAUUGAAGAGAGGUCCAUGGACAAUUGAGGAAGAUCACAAGCUCGUCAAUUUCAUCCUCAACAAUGGCAUCCAUUGCUGGCGAGCCGUCCCGAAACUUGCAGGUUUGCUAAGGUGUGGGAAAAGUUGUAGAUUAAGAUGGAUAAACUAUCUCCGGCCGGAUCUUAAGCGAGGAAAUUUUACGGAAGCUGAAGAAAAUCAAAUUAUACAGCUUCAUUCGAGACUUGGUAACAGGUGGUCUAAGAUUGCUUCACAUUUUCCGGGACGAACCGACAAUGAGAUCAAGAAUCACUGGAAUACUAGGAUUAAGAAGAAGUUAAACCUCCUUGGAUUGGACCCAGUGACUCAUAAACCUGUUGAGCAAACAGAAAAUAGUACUGCUAAUUAUCAGACAAUCAGUGUACCGGAGCCUAAUUCAUCGACGACGACGAAGGAACAAGAAGAUGAUGCCGUGAAGGAUGAAGAAGAAGAUGAUGAUCAUCAGAAGAAGAAUGAUCAAUUGGAUGUGGAAGAAACAAGUGAGCUUCUGAGCAAUUAUGAAAUGUUAUGUGGUGGGUUGGACUUGGAAGCACUAAUGUUGAACCUAGAAAGCCCUAAUAAUACUUGUUCAAAUACUACUUCUUCAUUGUCUCUUGAUCAAGAAUCAAACAACAAGGUUAAUCUCUGGAUUAAUGGCGAAUCAUCGACGACAAAACAAGAUGAUUCCCUAAGGCAGUGGUGUGAGAGUUUUGAUUAUUUUCUCUCAUGGAAUGAAUAUUAAUUAGUUUCAUAAUCUCACUCAAGGCAACAUUCAUUGAUUCUGUAUUAAGAAUUAAAGCUCUUCUGGUGAUUAUGAUUAUUUUUUUUCUUUUUGCUUUGUAUUAUUAUGUGUUUUCAUUGUUGAUAAGGCCGGG